UUUACACGACUGCCCAAAAAAGAGUGUAUUGUUUUGUUUUUCUCAUUGGUGACAUUGGUAUUCUAUUCUAUCACCGUAUCAUAGAAUUCGAGCGCGACAAUUAUCACAAAAAAAGCAGUGUAAUUACUUAAAAAAAAACAAAUUUAUGUCUGUGCACCGUAUCGAAUCGCGAUGGGGUACAUUUUAUAUUAUGUUAUUUAAAUUAAUGAUAUAAACAAAACUCAAAAUAGUGAUUCAUUUUGUUUUAUUUAGUUACGUCUUAUACUAAAUAGUUGUGGUGAUUGGCAAUUUAAACAAACAGUACUGUGUAGCGGUUGACGUCAUGGAUUCCUGCCGCUGCUGCCUGCGGUGUGCUCCGGACAAGGACCUGACGACGCCGUACACACAUAACGGAAAAACAGAGACAUUUUACGACAUGUUCAAAGAGUGCUUCAAUAUACAUCUGGUGGUGGGCGGCUCGGGCUCGUGCGGCAUCUGCUCGGCGUGCGUGGGCCGCCUGCGAGACGCGAGCGACUUCAAGCUGCAAGUGCAGCGCAGCCAGGCCGAGCUGCAGGCACUGCUUGUUAAAGCGGAGUCUGCGGUCAAAUCCGAGCGGACGGAUGAUGGCGCGGAUGAUGACUCUGUAAUUAAUGUGUUUUAUGAAGUGCCCAUACUGGUAGAGCUGUCAGAGGUCGGCGAAGAGAAGACUAAGGAAGAUGUAACAGCUGCAGAUCCCCUCGCAAAGUCGGAGACGGAUGAUGUGAUGAGUGACGCUGACCCGUCAGCGGCGGUGUGUUCGGAAAGCAGCUCCGCGCGCCCCAGAAAACAGGCCACCCGUAAAAAACAGGCCACCCGUAAAAAACAACGCUCACAACAUAACACAGCAAGACAACCUGACAAGAAACCUUUUGCGUGUAAUCACUGUGGUGACAAAUUUCGUCGGAAAGCAACCCUACGUAGUCACCAGAUGAUACAUACUGGGGAAAAGCCAUUUAAAUGUAACGAUUGCGACUACAGCUCCAGGCUGAAGGCAAGCUUGCUAAUACACAAGAGAAUACAUACAGGAGAGAAGCCGUUCGAAUGUAACUACUGCGAUUACAAAUGUAGUCAGCAAGCAAGCUUGCAAGCACAUCUGCUGAUACAUACCGGGGCAAAGCCAUUUAAAUGUAUCCACUGCGACUACAUGUGCAAUCGCAAAGGAAAUUUAAUAGUCCACCAAAGAAUGCACACCGGAGAGAAACCCUACACAUGUAACUAUUGCGAUUUCAAGUUCAGCGAUGCUUCAAAGUUGCGAAGACACGAAAGGACACAUACCGGCGAGAAACCUUUUCAGUGUAGCGAAUGUGAUCACAGAUUCAGUCGGAGAACACACUUACAGAGGCACAAGAUGAUACAUACUAGAGCGAAGCCAUUUAAAUGUAGCAAUUGCGAAUACGAGUGCAGGCGAAAUGAAGAAUUGCUAAGACAUCAGAAGACACACACUGGAGAGAAUUUGUUUGUAGCUACAACCACUCAAGUCGACUGAAACUAACUUAAAAAACCGGACAAGUCCGAGUCUACCGAGGGUUCCGUGCUUUUCAGUAUUUGUUGUUAUAGCAGCAACAAAAAUGCAUCACCAUAGAAAAUUUCAACUGUUUCAAUUGACAGACAGACAGUGAAGUCUUAGUAAUAGGGUCCCGUUUUUACCCUUUGGGUACGGAACCCUAAAAAGACACGUAAGAAGGAGACAUCCUUUGGAAAACACCUAGUACAGUACCGAUAAUGAUCGGAAAUAGUCGCUAGUUACUGAUAAGAGUAUUUGACUGUUUUGUAGUAAUUGUAGUAUAAAUAUGCCAUAUUUA